GCUCACUUGUGAUUCAGUGUUGUCCCUGAGCUCUCAGCGGCAAUUCCAGCCAAAGACGUCUGAUGCAAGGGGGGGAGCAAGCUGACUGCGAGUGGGGGAAGCGUGCGUCACUAGAUCAGGAGCUUUGGGCGGUGGAUGAUGCUAUUUUCCAGCAGCGGAGUGGCGCAUUAAAUAGGCGGCGUGUUUUGGUGAAAACACGGAGAUUCUGAAAUAUUUGUGUUUUAAAAAUUAGAAAAGCGAGGCGUCUUUGUUUGGUAUUCAGCUCGACCCUUGUUAAAUGAAUUGGAGGAGGGGAGGGGGGUGCGAUGGGGUGAAUCUUGUGGUGGAGGCAGCGGCUGUUGUGUGUGUCUUGUUGCUUUCACAAACGAUUCCGUUCGUCGAAGGUUUGGAUGGGUGAGGGAUGGAGGCGGUGAACCGAGCCCCGGAGAUUCAGCACCAAGUGGAGAAGAAGCUGCACCGAGCGCCUUCCCCGGCCAGACCCAAAGCGAUCCGGGGCUGGUCGGUGGCUAAAUCCAAAUGUAACCCGGGCUCCAAGCCGGGGCUGGGGAUCUCCCCGUGCCGCCUCUCCCGGCACAGCCCGACUCUCAAGGACAUCAAACUGGGAAAAAUGCCGGCGACUAAAGCUGCGGCCGUGACGGUGAAGAAGCCGGAGAAAGGAGGAGGCGCCGGGACCAAAGGCAGCGUCCCCGGUAAGAGGAAGAAGGGCCAGCGGGCGGCCAGCGGAACCCCUCCGGCCCCGGGCAAACGCUUAGCCCCCGCCACCGACUCCAGCUCCAGCUCCAGCUCCAGCUCCGAGCUCUCCGACUGCCCGUCCGAGCAACUCUCCGGCAUCCUGUCUCCCGGGGCUAACGAGCCCAGGGACGGCUGCCCUACUCCCCCCGACCCGGGGACAUGGGCCGGCCAGGGCCAGCGGGAGGAAGACGGCGGCUCCUCAGCCAGCGGCCAGUCGGACGGAGCGUCCGGAGCCAAAUCGCCGUCAAUGGAGAGCCGGCUUCAUGUCAGCAACUCGCUGGCCUUUUCCGAUUUCAGCGAAGAAUUCGUUGACAGCAUCCAGGAGGAAUUCCUGAAAGAAAUAGAGGAGCUUCGGUCUGAAAACGAUUAUCUGAAGGAUGAAAUUGAGGAGCUUCGAGCUGAAAUGCUAGAAAUGAGGGAUAUCUAUUUAGAAGAAGAUGUUUACCAGCUGCAGGAACUUCGUCAAGAACUAGACAGAGCAAAUAAGACUUGCCGCAUCCUUCAGUAUCGCCUGCGAAAGGCUGAACGACGAAGCCUACGAGUAGCUCAGACUGGCCAAGUUGAUGGAGAACUAAUCCGAAGUUUGGAGCAAGACGUGAAGAGCUCCCUGAAGAAAAGAGGUAGCCGCGUUGCUGCUAAACCAGAAAAGAAGCCCAUGCUGCAGGAGGAUAGCGCUGAUCUGAAAUGCCAGCUCCAUUUUGCCAAAGAAGAAGCUGCUGUGAUGUGCAAAAAGCUGACCAAGUUAGUAAAAGAGAAUGAAAACAUGCGAGAGGAACUGGUGAAAUACAGCUCUCUUUACGGUGAUUUGGACAAUGCGGUGUCUGUUGGUGACAUCGGAGAAUCUCCUCAUGUUAGAGAAGCUGAGCUAAAAUUGCAUCUAAAGCUGGUUGAGGAAGAAGCCAACAUUUUGAGCAGGAGAACAGUUGAGCUGGAGGUUGAAAACCGUGGACUGAAAGCCGAAAUGGAUGACUUAAAAGGUCACAGUGAGAAAGACUCCUCGAACCAGGAUAUCAGACUGGGAAUUACCAGCACGAGCUACGGUGAGUUCGGGGAGAAUGUUGGGGAGCUCAGGCGUCAUCUUCAGUUUGUGGAAGAGGAGGCAGAGCUUCUGAGGCGAUCCUUAAUUGAGAUGGAGGACCAAAAUAAGCAUCUCAUGAAUGAACUGAAUAGGUACAAAUCUGAAUCCAAUCAGGAGUCAUCAUGGUCAGACAGUUGUCCCUCGUUAACCGAACCUUCCCAGGAAGAGCUAAUGACAGCAAGACUCCAAAUCAAUGACCUCAAUGGGAAAGUCAAGAAGCUGGAAUAUGAGAAUCGUGUGCUUGUUUCGAACCUUCAGCGUUAUGACUUGGCAUCCUACCACUGUCAGAAAUGUUCCCGAGAGCUUGAUGCUGACUUUAGUGACUCUGCAGAGAUCUCCUCAUCCCAGCCGAGGAGAGAAGUCCCAGUUGGAGGAGAGAAUGAUUCAAGGGAAACCCAAGAGAGAACCUCUGGCAGUGGGAGCAGCAGGAUUGCUGAUCAUGAUGAUGUCACUGCAAAGUUGUUGGGAAGGAAAGACCUGGAGAUUCUGUUCAGCAUUAAAGACCAAGCCGAACUUGUUCGCGAAGUCAUUGAUCUCUUAAUUUCAGACACAAGUGGCUUAAAUUCUGAUGUCAAGCUUUGUUCAACUAUUGAUUUGCCAAAUCAGUCCAUCAGUGAAAGUAAUGAUGAAGCUGCUAAUGCCAAUGAUCCUAAACUAAUGAGCAGCAUUAAUUCAAGGCUUCUUGGCUUAAAGACCGAGUUGGCAUCUGUUACUGAGAAAAUUGAUUGUCUUGGUGAAACAAUCAGAGAAGAAAGCAGGAGUUUGUCCCCUUUACCCCAUCUAACAGAGUCCGCAAGCUUUCUAUCCACUAUGACAACAAUGUCUCAGGACUUGCCCAUGGAUUCUGUAGGAAAAGAAUUUGCAGCAGAUUUAAAGCAGCCUGACUUUAGGGAUCAAGUGGACUGGGAGCAAGAUGUUAGCCAUACCCCGGAGAUCUGUGUAACCAAUUCUGACACCAAGGAGUACCGAGAAAAUGCCAAGGAUUAUACUGCGAAGGAUUAUAACAUCUUCAGCCGUGAGGAAAGUGACUCCUAUGCUACAGAGGUCAAGGAACUACAACUUGAUUUAUCUGAAGCCAAGGAGACUAUCCGAGGACUGCAAGAACAGCUUGUUCAGGAAAGAGAGCUUCGAAAUGAAGACGCAAUGAGAUUUCAACAGAAAAUGUCACAGCUUAAAGAGGAGCAACAAAAGGCUCUUGUACGAAGAGAUUUUGAGCUGCAAAGCCUGAAUUUGCAAACCAGACUUGAGCAGAAAUUCUGGAGUCAAGAAAAAAAUCUGUUUGUGAAGGAAGCAGAUCAGUUCAAACAAAACCUCUUCCUUCUCUACAUGAAACUGAAAUGGUUCCUGAAGCACUGGAAAUGUGGCAAGAAGAUGGACAAUGAUGGUGAUGAUUUACUAGAGGUGCAGUGUUCAACAUUUUUAAGAGAGCUGAUAAUCUCAUCAACUGUUGUCUAUGUUAACAGUGUGAAAGAUCUAUAUUUGCUGAUUGAAGAAGAGGAGCUGACCCCUUGCCAAUUGGACAAUAAGACUGUGAAAACAGAUGACCAAUCUCAGAAAACCUUUGAGGAGGCUCUGACUGUUCCGAUGGAGAAAUCUCUUCCCACAUCGUGUGUAAAGCAGUCAAAUGAAUAUAGUCGAGUUGUGGGAGAUAUUAAAAUGAUUUUAAAGGACCUUUGCACAGAACUAAAAGAGGAAAGAAGGCGAACAAAUGAUCUUCAACACCAGUUUGCAAACGCCAAGUCAGCCUGGGAGAUAGAAAAAGUGGAGCUCAAAAGUCGUAUUACACAACUGGAAGGUAGGGCUUGCAAAAUGACAUCCGAGAAAACUCCUGGUGAUAUGAAGACUGCUUUGAAAUGGGAGAGAGAAGAACAUCAGCAACUCCUCGCAGAGUCGUACAGUGCAGUUAUGGAUCUAACACAGCAACUUCAAAUCAGUGAAAAGAACUGGAGUCAAGAGAAAUUAGAGUUACUGGACAGAUUUAACAAUGAGCGGAGCCACAGCGAACAGCGUCUGAAGGAAAUGCAGCAGAAGAUCAAUCAGAUGCUACAGCACAGAAACAAUGAAAAGGAAACUUCAGAUGAAUUAGAGGCUAAAGGAACUAAUUUGCAAAGGGCCAAAUCAGUUUCUUCCAUGUCUGAGUUUGAGAGCUUGUUGGACACAUCUCCGUAUUUACCUCCACCCUGUACACCCCUGCCAAAGGGUUUAAACAAUCUUGAGGAGCUGAACAAGAAAAAUUGGAAACACAAGAAUGCUAAUGGUGAAUUAUUACAUGAAAAAUCAGAAAGUGCACUAAUCAACCAGUCAGAUGUGGAGAUGCCUGCAAUUUCAUCUUGGGAUUUCACUAUGACAGGAAAUCUAGUUAACCCACAUCUCAACACAAAACAAAUACAAAGGAGUUACACAGCACCAGAUAGAACUGGCAUUCGCAUUUAUUACAGUCCACCAGUAGUGCGCAGGAUGGAUGGCUCUUUGGUUCAGAACAAUGAGGGAAAAAUUAUGAUUGAACCAGGUUUUCUGUUUACCAUGGCAAAACCCAAACAAACUGGAGGCAUGGAGCUCCAUCCAGAGAAGGUGCGCAAUAAGUGGUUUAAUAACUUUUCCAAGCAUCGGGAUCUGUUGGAAAGUGGCACUGGAGAACAUCCUGUUUCUGCUACUGCUGCUGCUACUGGGUUUCCAUCUGCGCUGCAUGAUCUGCAGAUAUCGGGUAAUAUGAGCGAUGACAUGAAGGAGGCAGCCAACUGUGCCAGAAAUGUUAUUUGUACAAGCUCAAUGGAAAGGAAGGUUAAUGCAGCGAGCCAGACUGUUGGAGUUAUCAGCGUGGGCACUCAGACCACCCGAAGUAUUAGUGUUGGGCUGCAGACUGAGAGUCCAAGAUCAAUCUCUAGUAGCCUACACCGGUCGUGGGCAUCCAGAGGCUCCUUACUGAUGCCAACCCAGAGUUCCCGGAGCAAACAACUCUCUUCAUCAUUGGAAAAGGUGCCGUCUAAGUUUGAACGACCUUGUUGUUCACCCAAGUAUGGCUCACCAAAGUUGCAGAGAAGAAGCUCAUCAAAAAUAGAUCACACAAGAGAACGAAGUCCAUGGGCUAUGUCUCAUAGAGGACAAAAUGAGUCAGCCUGGGCUAGGUCAACUACUACGAGGGAUAGCCCAGUGCUCAGCUCAAUCAAUGAUGGACUGUCCAGUUUGUUCAAUGUUGUUGAGCACACAUCUGGAAGUGUUGACUCCAUCUGGAAAUCAAGCCAACAUGAGACGAAAACAAAAGGUGAUACAUCAAGAUAUGGGAUUGUUCAGGAGUUUUUCAGAAAUGUGUGUGGCAGAUACCAGAGUCCAACAAACGGAGCUGACAAGCCACUAAAAGAUCCAGUCACUGAAGAAAGUGUCCGAAAAAUGGAUGCGACUGCUCCUCCGGGCCAUUCGCAGGUAGACGGUGUUUCCCGAAUUGUAAAUAAAAGACUUCCCAAGCAACCAAACAAGGAGGACCAAAAACCAACAUCCUAUCCAGCACAGGGAGCAAAAGAUUCAGACACACGGGAUACAUGUGGAGCAUCUGGUCUACUUGAGGAAACAUCAUGUGAUUGUGCAUCUCAAUCACUCACCUCCUGCUUUCCAUCCAGAUCGUCGGUUCGCCAUUCGUUAUCACAGUGUAAAUCACGAUCUUUGCCUUCAGAUCCUAGCAUGGCUGAUGAAAAAUCAGGCUGAAUUGUGAACUCUGCCAUGUACCGGGGCAAGAAAACAGCUUUAUGUGGCUAAAAUAAUCUCUGCAACUUUUGCUUUCUCUGAGAGCAUAAGUGAAAUUUUCAGAGACAUUCAAAAAAGAUGUUCAGGUUUUAUUGUCGUGGUCACUGUAGAAAAGUAAAAACUGUAGAGGCAAAGCAGACUGUUGAAUUAUCUUUAUCAAGAAAAUCUGAGGUAUCUAAGUUAUAAUGUGUAGGUGCUGGAUCAUUUCUGUAACAGCUGUACAUAGAUAUUCAUACAGCAGGUGUGUUAGGCUAGAUUAUCAUAGACAACAGUCUCUACUUUAGUUAACAUCCAUCUCUAUGCAGCUCUCUUCCAGCUUUCAUUUGUGAUCUAUGUAUGUGUCUGAGGCAAAUGAGAUGGGUAAGACUUCAUCGCUAUCGUCGCACUCCACAGACAUCUUUAACUAAGCAGGAAUAAAUAUUUGUAGCACAUGUUUCAAAUUGCACAUUAGGAAACUCAAAGAUAUCCCACACACACAUCACUUAAAAUUUAGUUGCGUCUUGCCGUUAAGCUAGAGAUAUCCUGUGGCAUUGCUGUAAAUGUAUCAGUAUGGAGGAUGAAAUUUGACUUGAAUGGAGAAGCUUUGUGGGUGGUAUUACAUCAUUCACCUGCUGCUGUGCUUGAUAUUCCAUCUUAUUGUUUGGUGAUGAAUAUAUCUGGUGGCCAUUUGAUACCAGCCAUUUGUACCACUGCUCAUGGCAGAUUUCUAACUCACGCUGGAAAGAGACUUGUAGGCAAUGGUCCUGUAAAUUUGUUUCCAUUGUAUACAGCCUGUUCAGUGAAUACUUGGCACUAUUCAUUUUCUUUGAGCAGCAAUGCACUCUCAUAUGGUGUCUUUAAGGAAAUACUUAGGAGUGGUCUGUGUGAUGCUUUCUGAGUUGCUCUGCAACUGUGCAUAGCUUAUCUGGAGCACUGCUUACAAACGUUAAUUAAAUAAUGUGAUCAUAGCUCAAUUGGUUGCUUUGCAGAUUGUGAAGUACUUCUGAGUUGCGGGCUGCAGGCCAUAGAUUAGCUUUCUGUCUCAUUUCGGAAUUGUUUUUCAUCUGUAACUAAAGUAUUUUUUUAGAUAAUAAAAUUGAAUGUGGGAGUGAAAUAAAUUCCCACAUUACUUCUGACCUAAGAGCUUGGGACACAAAUAGGACCAAUUGUGCAUUAUUCUGCCUGAUGAUAAACACUCCAGCAAACAAUAUCUUUCAAAGGAGUACCAUUAAACUGGAAAAAGGAAAAAUUAAUGUUCCAGCUAUAAUAAGAAUGAAACAGUCAGCUGUGUUCCACAAAACAGGAACACCUGUUGAAACUAAAUUCAUUUAAGGAAACCAAAUGAACUUCAUUUUUAUCAUUUAGAACAUUUGAACUAUUUCAUGUUAUUGCUUUGUGACAUACUGUACAUUGUGGGUUCCGUGUAUCAAAUGAAACGUUUUGUAGUGCAAUAAUCAGAGAUUGAUGGCACUAAAGUACUUGAAGGGGAAGGAUAACCAGUGAUGACUACAGCCUUGAAAUCUGACAGCACAACAUCACUUCACAGGCGUUUAAAACCCCAGAGUCCACAGUUUAGCAGGCAAGAAGCAAAUAGUCAGAACCAGAACCAGCUGCUGAUAUAUUGGUGAUGGCAAAAAAAAAUGGCAGCAAGGAUCCCUGCCUGAAUCAAGUGUUUCAUAUUUACAUAUUCGUGUAGUAGGUCUAAUACCAGAUUGAGGUCCCCUCUGCAGUGUUACAUAGUACUGGCUGUGUUCAGGAUAGAGCUAGCUACAUUCAGGAAAUCUGGGUCUACAUUCAGCUUGACGGUUGGACCUUACCUGACAGCUGCAAGUCACAACCAAAAAGCUAAUUGCUUCAGACGGAUUUAAUGGAUAUGUGGAGCUGGGAGGAGUAGGAGUACUUCCCCUGUAGCCUACAUUAAAACCAUGCAGGCCACUGCUCUGGAUUCUGUUUGCUGAUGACCUGUCUGAGAACGUCUAUCAGGUUUUCCUAGCUGAUAAUUUUAAUGACUUUGAGGUGUGAAGUUCAUUUCAGGAGCCUCCUCUAAUUGGGAGUGGAGAUUCUUCAGCCGUUUAUCCAGGACUUCCAGGCCACUUAACUACCCUUUUGUUUUUGUUUCUGUCUUGAUUUUUGUAUUACCCUUAAUGUAAUCUUCUUUUAAAAAAAAACUAAUUGAGUGAAAUGGUUGCAUAAUUAGACUGUAUAGGACACCAAAUUUCAGCAUUGUUACAUUAGGAGAAAGAUUGUACCUGCAAAAUGCUGAAAAAGAAAAUGAAAGCAUAAAGACAUUUAGUGUCAGCUGACCUCCCACAAAAUGCAGUGCAAAGAUUUCCUCAGCUUCCCAAAUGGGCUUGGUGUAGGCCUAGUCCCACUACAGUCAUUGAAAUGAGGCAGGAGCAAGGAAAUGUUUCGUUGAUUGUGUUUAUGUUAGGCACCGCAGAUUUUCAAAUGCAACCAAUCCAUUUCUCAUUUGCAAAGCCAGCUUUUGCAUUUGAUUAUCAGUGUGGAGAGUCCCAUUAGACUCCAAGGGCUCAACUGAUGCAGUGGCUGGUUUAACAAAUGAGCCGUAAAGCAUUCACAGACAUUCAUUCUUAAAACUGCCUGAAGUCAUUUUCAUCUUUCAUUUUUGUGAGGCCAAGUUCUCCUUUCAUCAUUAAAAUCCUUCAAAGUGCUGCCAAAUCAGCUGCAACACACCCUGCCCACUGCCUUCCCACCACUUCCACCUCCAUUAUUCCAUUCCCCUUACUCCUGACCACUAGUUUUUCACUAGAUGUUAAUAACACCUCCCUGUCCCACCUCUGACAGCAGCACCAAACUGGAGCCACUGGAUUCACAGCCCAUUCUACAUGACACUCAAUAUUUACUUCCACUAAAUUGAGAAGCACUGAAUACUGUAUUAGGCAUUGUAUAUUUACCAAUCUAAAAUUGCCUGUUAUGCACCGUCACCCAAGAUUAAUUUGUAGUCCUGAAUCUUUAUAGUAGUGAUGGAUUGGGUGUCCGAUUGAUUUUAGCAGCCUGGGGAAGUGAAUUUGUCCAUCUAUUGUGGAAUCUGUACAAUAUUCUGAUCUGUUAAUUUAAGGGAAUUGCAGAUCUGUUCCAUCAGAUUACUGUUCAGUUGAAUGUUAUCCCAUUUUAUUUAUUGGUUAUAUUUGCCCUGUCUCCUCCCUUCCUCAAUAUUCAAAUGACCCACUAUCACCAUCUGUUAGAGAGACCUGAGUCUGUCCGUACUCCACUUCCGAUUUCCUUUCCUAAAUUAUCUACCGGUCUUCCUUUCUGCACUCCUCUCCACCACCAUUUUCACUCGUCUUUUCUGUCCACCAUUUUCCCUCUGUUUACUUUGUCUUUCCUGUCGUGUCACUGUCUGCCUUUUCACCUCACUUCUGACCCUAUUCCUUUCUGUCUUCAGCUAUAUUCUUCAUUUCUGGUUUUUAAAAUCUUUGCCUUUCAUUACCCCCAUCCACUCCAGUUUCUCCUGAUUACUGUCUCCCAACUGUUUCUCUUCCAUAGAUCAUCAACCUCUGUACAACUCUCACUAGUCUUCCUGGUCUGUGACCCUGUUGUUCUCCUUUUCCAUUUUCCUCCCAACCUGUAUCUUCUCCUUUUAUUCUUAUUUGCAGUCUAACAUUCUAUGUUUCAGUCUUGCAAUUAUUCUUCCUGUAUCAGCAUCCUUUAUCUCCUCUUCCCAUCACCUGUUAAAAUCUGGGUCCCUUUGUUAUUGUCUCUUCUAUAAUUUGCUUCACCUCUACUUCAUUUUAAAUUACCUUCUUAUCAUCUUUACUGGCUUGAUUUCCAGAUUUGUCUGUCUUUCCCAUGAUUCUUCCCAGUCUGGCUCCCUUUCUCCCAACUGCCAAUCUAGACGCAUCCGUAUCCAGUUCGCUAUAUCUGACUGCACUGACCUUCCCAAUAUAGCUUGGCUUGUCAUUACUUCCCCCAUUCUCUGUCUGUCUGCCUUCCUUCCCAAAAUGUCUUCCCUUCCUAUCCCAGUUACUAUUUUGUCUUCUACACUCACUUCCAUGCCCACAUUUAUCAAUUUUUUUAUUUGCUUUCUCUCUGUCUAUUUCUUUGCGGUUCCUUUUUCCAAUGCCCCUUUUAAUCUGGCUCCUAUUUCCUGUUUGUCUUUCCCUUUGCUAUUUUUCAUGAUUUUCUUCCUCAUUGCCCCUUCAAAAUAUGCUCUCCACCUGCCCCUAUAUUAUCACUCCCAAACUGGUUUGCAUUGUCCAUUAUAUUAUAAGUCUUUUAGUUUCCCUCUUCUCCCUGUAUGUCACUAUAUUAUUUCAAUUCUCUUCACAGUCUAUUUCUCACUUUCAGUUGACCAUGUCCUCUGGCUGCCUGGCCCAACUUGCAUUCCUUUUGUAUCCAUUCCCACUUAGCCUCCUACUCUUAGUCCUUGUUUGAAUCUGUAUGUCUCUUUCCCCCAUUCCCCUCACUUCCUUAACCAUUGCUAGAAGUCACACAAAACCAGGUUAUAG